GCAGUAGAGCGAAUGUCGUACCCGAUUGGUCCUGACGUGGAAUACCAACCAAUAAUCGUGUGUAACAAUGGGUUUGUCAGCUACCUGAAUUACUCUGCUGGCCGUUGGGACAACAGCGUGAAAUCAAAAACCUGGCAAGUUGACACGGUGACCUUCAGAACACGAGACUACAGCCCGGAGCAUAAGCCAGUGACCUCGCGCUAUAUAGAUGGCUCCACCAGCAGCAGGGUCACGGACAAUUUUCGAACUAUGGCGGUCAAGUCGGAGAUGCGUGGGGUGAUGCGCGAUCGUGGCUACUCGUUCACCAUGGAGAACACGCAUAUACAGCAGGAUUCAACACACAUCAGCGGCCAGAGUCUUAGCCACAUAAGCCAAAGCUACACCAGCAACGGAGGAAUCACCUUCAGGGAGCAACCAUAUCACUGGCUGUCUUCGUGGGAAACAACAGGUAGAAGAGACUCGGCCAGGUGGUCAGUGGGAGGGAUGCAGUCUCUGAAGCACACCAACGACUUCGUUGCCCUGCAAUGGUUUGCUGACUCAUGUUGGAGCAUCGUUUAUGUCCACGAUAAAAACGGAACAAGGAUUGACGGUGUUUUGGACGUGCUCAAAUUCUACGUCAAAAUGGGUCAUAGAGUCCGCGUACAUUUUGAUGGAUACACUUUGGAAGCCAACUCGGUUCUUGUUUCACCGGAUGAUGUCAUAGUGGCCCAGACAUCUGCUGAAAUGGCAAGAAGAGGUGGAACAGGGCUGGACAGAACAUUCUUCAACACCAAAACUAGACAGAUCUACAGGCUGGUCCACACAACAGGCAUGGUACGCAGUUUCCUAUAUUUCGUAGAAAACGGCGAGUUAUCGGCUAAAACUUCAGAAAACCACCAGAUCACGUGGUCUGUUGACACUCGACCUUGGACGCCUCUGCUGAGUAUGGACAAAUACAAGAACUACACCCUAGGAAAACCAAUUGACCUUCUGCAUUCCAUGGAAGUUGCCACUCUCCGAGUCAAGCUGGACAUUCAGGAAACCGAUGCCAGAUUCAAGGGAAAGAACUCCGAACUCUACCUAGAAAUCAACAACGUGCGAACCCCAGACUUCCGAGCCACCGAGCCAGAGAUCAUCGUCCAGAGUCUGAGGACGGUUCCGUACUACAGAGAACCUGAUGGGAAAACCUUCCAGCUGCACCUCUACAAACCUGUGAAACAAUACCUCCAGGUGUCGAGCACCUCCGGCUUGACAAUAGCCAGCUUCGACAUGGCUACUCGGGAAUACCGGACAACUCCUGAUUGGUUGGUAGAGAAUAUCACCUGGUACAAGGAUGACCGGAUUGAUGUUCCGUAG